AUGUAUCUGUCUUACAAUAGUUUCACAGGAUCAAUUCCCCAAGAAAUUGGCAACCUUUCUGAUCUCCAUACAGUGGGUAUCCGAAACAACAGCAUAUCAGGUUCCAUUCCUUAUGCCUUCUUCAACAUUUCAUCACUGCAAUGGAACAGUCUAUCAUACAAUAAGCUAUCAGGUACUCUUCCAGUGGACAUGUGCACUCAUCUUCCAGUACUCGAAAGCUUUUUUGCUUACAGCAAUUACCUCAGUGAUGAAAUUCCCUCCAGUCUAUCACUUUGUGGGGAGCUCCGACAAUUAUAUUUGUGGGGAAAUAAUUUCAGUGGAAGUAUACCAGUAGCCAUUGGAAAUCUUACAAAACUUGAAGAGCUUGAUCUUAGUUGCAACAACUUGAAUGGUGAAUUAUCUCCGGCAUUCUUCAACAUCUCUUCAUUAGUGAAGUUUGAUCUCUCAUCCAAUAAAAUCUUUGGUAGUCUCCCGAAGGAUCUGUGUGAUAAACUUCCAAGGAUUGAAUUCAUUCCCCUGCGGUUGAAUCAAUUCACCGGUAUGCUUCCACGUUCAAUUGGUAAUAAGGGUGUUUGCAUUUGCGGUAACACAUAUCAUUCAAAUUUUGAAUCUCUUAAUUUUACUGUCACAACUUCUUUCUCAGGUGAAUUAUCUCCGGCAUUCUUCAACAUCUCUUCAUUAGUGAAGUUUGAUCUCUCAUACAAUGAAAUCCUUGGUAGUCUCCCGAAGGAUCUGUGCCAUAUACUUCCAAGGAUUGAAUACAUUAACCUUGGUCACAACCAACUCAGUGGCGAGAUCAGUCCUAUCUUGUCACAUUGUGAAGGACUUGAAUUACUCAAUCUGGGGUGGAAUCAAUUCACCGGUAUGCUUCCACGUUCAAUUGGUAAUAUGUCAAUGUUAAAGAUACUACAGCUCAGCUCAAACAAACUCAUAGGUGAACUACGAGAGUCCAUCUUUAACAUAUCGACGUUACAACUCAUUUCCCUGACAGAUAAUGAUCUUUCAGGCAACCUUCCAUCAAAUAUAGGCCUUUGCCUUCCUAAUCUUGACAGACUUCUUCUUGGCGGCAACAAAUUUGGUGGAGUAAUUCCAGAAUCACUCUCAAAUGCCUCCAAACUUACUAAACUCGAUCUAUCCGAUAACUUUUUCAACGGCAAUGUACCUAAUAAUCUCGGCAAUUUACACCUCCUUGAAAAAAUCUCCCUUGCAGAUAACCAGUUGACAAAUGAUCCAUCUACCCCUGAACUAAGUUUUCUUACUUCACUAACAAAUUGCAGGAAUUUGACUGCACUUUUGAUAGGACCUAAUCCACUUGAUGGAAUUCUUCCAAAAUCCUUAGGGAAUCUAUCUAUUUAUCUUGAAUGGUUUAGUGCAAGUGGUCGCAGCAUUAAAGGCAUGAUUCCGAGUGAAAUAGGUAACUUGAGCAACUUGUUGGAAUUGUAUCUGGGAGAUAAUGAUUUGACAGGACCAAUUCCAAAAACACUGGGGCAAUUAAGAAAGAUCCAACGUCUGAACAUAUCUGGGAAUCGAAUACAGGGGCUAAUACCCUUCAAUUUCUGUAAUUUGACAAACUUAGGUGAGUUGAUUUUGAGUAUAAAUCAACUUUCUGGGCCAAUACCAAGGUGUUUAGGAAAAUUAACUUCGUUGCGACUCCUCUACUUGGACUCCAACGCAUUGACUUCAAAAAUACCAAGAACUUUGUGGAGCCUUGAGGAUAUCAAUGUGUUGGACCUGUCCUCUAAUGGUCUGGUUGGUGCUCUACCUCCAGAAGUUGGCAAUUUGAAGCAUGUUAGAGAACUUCAUCUAUCAAAAAAUAAGUUCAUCGGGGAAAUUCCAACCACCAUUGGGCAACUUCAGUACUUGGAAUCCUUGGAUCUAUCCCAAAACAGAUUACAAGGACAUAUACCCCUUUUAUUUUCUGAUUUGAUAUCUUUGAAGUCAUUGAAUCUAUCUCAGAAUAAUCUUUCCGGUGUGAUCCCCAAGUCGUUGGAGAAACUUUCGUAUCUUAAAUAUUUGAAUGUUUCUUUGAAUAGACUAAGCUGA